UUGUGCUAUAAUUGUCUCAUCUUCGUUUAUACAUCACUUUUCAAAAUUUGAUAGAAAAGACUCUGAUACCUGAGUUGGUGAAAAGAAAAAUAAAUGUAACAUAAGAACGUAGCUUCGCCAAACUCAGCCUGCAAACGAUCACAGUCGAAACAUGUUCAAGAUGGGCAGCAUUGCGUACACGUCUGGGCAACCAGAUCUAUCUCACCAUAUCAACUCGAAAAGCAGAGCUCGUCAUCCGUCCCCUCUCAAGGAGAUCAUAAAAUUCAUGGGCCAGGAUGGCAUGAUCAGUCUGGCAGGAGGUCUUCCCCAUCCGUCUAUGUUUCCCCUCCUAAAUGCUAAAUUUGAUUGUCUUCCUCCUCUGUCGGAUCCUUCCAUAGAAAGUAAUACGGUUAGCCUUGACAUCAGCCGAAAUUCGACAAGUGGAAAGCUCGAUUUAAAUGAAUUCUUACAGUACGGAUCUGGUGCAGGUAAUAAGAAGCUCCUUAGCUUGACCCGAGACUUGACAGAACGUAUGCAUGCCCCACCAUGUGAAUACGAAUGUCUUCUUCACCCAGGAAACACGAACGCAUGGUCCAAAGUUGUCGGUCUCCUUUGCGAGGAUGAUGACUAUGUCAUUGUAGACGAAUUCACAUAUCCAUCCGCCCAAGCUCUAUGGAUACCAUUGGGUAUUAAAGCAACACCCGUCUCCGCCGAUGAAGAAGGCCUGUCGGCUAAAGGUCUGCAAAAGUUGCUUGAAAGUUGGGAUGAAGCCAAACAGGGACGAAAACGUCCAAGCGUUUUAUACUUAGUACCAGUGGGAUCGAAUCCAACUGGCGUUACCAUUUCGUUGCAGCGUCGACGUGAAAUCUACGCCAUAUGCGUCGAAUUUGACGUAAUCAUCGUCGAAGAUGACCCAUACUAUUGCCUACAGUAUCCCCAAAACACACCCAGCCAACAUCAACCUACCCAACUGCUGCCUCCGAACGAGUUUCUCAAUACAUUGAUACCAUCAUUCCUGUCGAUGGACAUCGAAGGACGUGUCAUUCGUCUUGAGUCGUUCUCCAAAACCCUGUUUCCAGGGCUUCGUCUAGGCUACUUCGUCGCCAAUCCCUUGUUCACUGAACGCUUGCUCCGAGCGACCGAGGUUGAAACCCAAGAUCCAGCUGGACUCAGUCAAGCGUUUGUUCUCGCGCUCUUUGAAAAUUGGGGUGUUGAUGGUUAUUUAUCGUGGCUCCAAGGCUUGCAGCUACAAUACAAAACUAGAAAAGAUUGGUUGAUCUCAGCUUUCCACGAGAACUUCGUAGUGUUGCCGGCGGCCAAGUCUCCGUUGCCACAUGCGAAAGGCUAUGUUUGCUGCAUACAAGAAUCCGUCGGCGGAAAAUUACUACCAGUGUUCAGCUUCGAAGAUCCUGAGGCUGGAAUGUUUGUUUGGUCAAAAUUCUACUUCCAUGGAGUUCCCCGCUUCACUAAACUGCAGGGCCAAUCGCUGGAAGACCCCGAGCAGGCAUUUGCCCAGGAAUUGUGGGAGGCUAUGGCCGCAGAGCUUGUGCUUCUUACACCCGGAUCGUAUUAUCACGCCUGGCAAGGGGCUGAUAAGGUCUCGACAGUAUCUCGGGGGGCGGAGCCACAAUCUGCGCACUUCCGAUUCUCAUUUGCGACUCCGAGUAAAGAGCAAAUACAGGAAGGAGUUAAACGUGUAAGGAAGGUUGUUGGGCAGCUUUGGGGUAACGCGGUGUAAAGAUGCCAAGAGCCAUUAUUACCAAUGGCAGACCAGAAGUAUCGUUAGCUGGCUAUGUACCUACUGCUCCAAGGCAGAAUGGGCUAUCAAGAGACCACCAAAGUCAAGCCCAGGAUGAUGAAACAACGUUUGAAUAUCCACAUUGGAUGCUUGAUUCUCCCGACUAUAUUGGAAUGUUUUCAGGGUUUGUUCGAUGAUUGCUUUUCCCCUAGUCGCACCAGACCAAGUUACUUCGAGAUCUCCUAAAAGUCGAAUGCAGAGUUUCAAAUCGGGAUCGUCUCUCAUAUCAUCCGGGUGCGUCAUUCGGAGACUGUUAUCGCGUUGUUAGUGUUCGAGGUAAAAUCCACCUAGGUAUUGAAUGGAUCAUCUUACAGAACAAGGCCAGAGAUAAUGAGGUAGUGAACACACAAUGC